ACCCUAAAACUCAUCUAUAGAUUUUGUAUAACACGCCCGAAAUAAGAUAUAAACUCCCGGGUUUUGUACACCAAAAAUCAUUCCCGUUUGAUGCAAUAGGUUACUUAUUGCCAGACACUACGAUGAAGUUCCUGCUCCUCGCCAUCAUUGCUGUUGCUGCCCAUGGAGCUCCAUUAGACCAAAUACAACAACUCCCGCUCAAGCCGGGAGAAUCCAGGCAACAGACAGAGCAAUCUUCUUUGAAAGAGGAAGAACUAAAACCCGAAACCAAACCGUCCUCAAGAACAGCAGAUCUUAGACCGGAAUUCGCAGUCGAGGAAGAUUUGAAACCGGAAACGAAACCUGCUCAACAAAUUCGAAGCGAACAGGAUGCGGAAGAGGAUUUGGUUCCGGAAACCAGACCGGUUGAACGAAGAGAUUUGACUGAUGGGGAGGACGAAGAGUUGGUACCUCAGACGAAACCAGUCCAACGGAGCAGUGAGUUAAAACCGGAAACUAAACCAUCCCCUAGUCAGUAUGUUCGUCGACCGACACCAGAAGAAUUCGAGCCGCCCAAGAGAAGGUUUGUCCCUCGGCCAGUGCCGGUAGAUGAACCAAAGGAAAAUCAGGUUGAGGAGAAAACAGAAGAAUGAUAUGAACGAGAAAGAGAGUUGAGCUGGAAAACGAGAAGAAUAUGAACAUCUGAAAAAAAUUGAAUAAAUUACUUCAAUAAAGUUAUUUUUGAACUUUUA